UGCCCCGGGGGCGCUGCGCGGGCGCCGAGCCUUCGCGGGCUUUGCCGCCGCCGCCGCCGCCUCUGCGGCCGCCGCCGCCGCUGGUGGGGGAGACGCGGGGUUGGGGGGGGAGGAGGGCGCGCGUGGUGCCGGCGGGGAGCGGCGGCGCCCCCUCCUCCUCCUCCUCCUCCUCCUCCUCCUCCAGCGCCGCGGGCUCCUCGGACAUGGCCGCGGCGGUGGCGGUGGCGGCCGCGUCCCGGCGGCAGUCGUGCUACCUGUGUGACCUGCCUCGCAUGCCCUGGGCCAUGAUCUGGGACUUCACCGAGCCCGUGUGCCGCGGCUGCGUCAACUACGAGGGCGCCGACCGCGUCGAGUUCGUCAUCGAGACGGCGCGGCAGCUCAAGCGGGCGCACGGCUGCUUCCCGGAGGGCCGCUCCCCGCCCGGCGCCGCGGCCCCCUCCGCCGCCAAGCCGCCGCCGCUCUCGGCCAAGGACAUCCUCCUGCAGCAGCAGCAGCAGCAGCAGCAGCAGCAGCUGGGCCACGGCGGCCCCGAGGCCACCCCGCGCGGCCCGCAGGCCCUGGAGCGCUACCCCCUGGCGGCCGCCGCCGAGCGGCCCCCGCGCCUCGGCUCCGAUUUUGGCGGCAGCCGCCCGGCCGCGGGCCUGGCCCAGCCGCCGACGCCGCAGCCGCCGCCCGUGAACGGCAUCCUGGUGCCCAACGGCUUCUCCAAGCUGGAGGAGCCCCCGGAGCUGAACCGCCAGAGCCCGAACCCGCGGCGCGGCCACGCCGUGCCGCCCACCCUGGUGCCGCUCAUGAACGGCUCGGCCACGCCGCUGCCCGCCGCGCUCGGCCUCAGCGGCCGCGCCGCCGCCUCGCUGGCCGCCGUGUCCGGGGCCGCGGCCGCCGGCCUGGGCUCGGCGCAGCCUGCCGAACUGAGCUCCCACAAGCGGCCGGCGUCCGUAUCGAGCAGCGCGGCCGCGGAGCACGAGCAGCGCGAGGCGGCCGCCAAGGAGAAGCAGCCGCCGCCGCCCUCGCAUCGCGGCGCGGCCGACAGCCUGGCCGCGGCGGCCGGGCCCACCGAGCUGGGCGCCGAGGGCGCGGGCAAAGGCCGCGGGCCCGGAGAGCAGGACUGGGUCAACAGGCCCAAGACCGUGCGAGACACGCUGCUGGCGCUGCACCAGCACGGCCACUCGGGGCCCUUCGAGAGCAAGUUUAAGAAGGAGCCGGCCCUGACUGCAGGCAGGUUGUUGGGUUUCGAGGCCAACGGGGCCAACGGGUCUAAAGCAGUGGCAAGAACAGCGAGGAAAAGAAAGCCUUCUCCAGAACCAGAAGGUGAAGUCGGGCCCCCUAAGAUCAAUGGAGAGGCACAACCGUGGCUGUCCACACCCACAGAAGGGCUCAAGAUCCCCAUUACUCCUACAUCCUCUUUUGUGUCUCCGCCGCCACCCACUGCCUCACCUCAUUCCAACCGGACCACACCGCCUGAAGCGGCUCAGAACGGCCAGUCCCCCAUGGCAGCCCUGAUCUUAGUGGCAGACAAUGCAGGCGGCAGUCACGCCUCGAAAGACGCCAACCAGGUUCACUCCACUACCAGAAGGAAUAGCAGCAGUCCACCCUCUCCGUCGUCUAUGAACCAAAGAAGGCUAGGCCCCAGAGAGGUGGGGGGCCAGGGGGCAGGCAGCACUGGAGGACUGGAGCCAGUGCACCCUGCCAGCCUCCCAGACUCUUCUCUGGCAGCCAGUGCCCCCCUGUGCUGCACCCUCUGCCACGAGCGGCUGGAGGACACCCACUUUGUGCAGUGCCCGUCUGUCCCUUCGCACAAGUUCUGCUUCCCUUGCUCCAGACAAAGCAUCAAACAGCAGGGAGCUAGCGGAGAGGUCUAUUGUCCCAGCGGGGAAAAAUGCCCUCUGGUGGGCUCCAAUGUCCCCUGGGCCUUUAUGCAAGGGGAAAUUGCGACCAUCCUGGCUGGAGAUGUGAAAGUGAAAAAAGAGAGAGACUCGUGACUUUCCGGUUUCAGAAAAACCCAAUGAUUACCCUUAACUAAAACUGCUUGAAUUGUAUAUAUAUAUAUCUCCAUAUAUAUAUAUAUAUAUAUAUAUAUAUACACACAUAUAUGUAUAUAUAUAUACACACACACACAUAUAUAUAUACAUAUGUAUAUAUAUAUGUAUAUAUAUAUAUAUCCAAGACAAGGGAAAUGUAGACUUCAUAAACAUGGCUGUAUAAUUUUGAUUUUUUUUUUGAAUACAUUGUGUUUCUAUUUUUUUUUUUUUUUGACGACAAAAGGUAUGUACUUCUAAAGGCAUUUUCUUCUUUUGUUAAUGUUAUUAGCAUAUCUUUGUGCUUUAUUAUCCUGGUGACAGUUACCGUUCAAUGUAGGCUGUGACUUGCGCUGCUUUUUUAGAGCACUUGGCAAAUCCGAACUGCUUCUAGCUGUAUUUGUAUGCACUUAUUUUAAAAAGAAAAAAAAAAAGCCAAAUACAUUUUCUGACAUUGUAA